AUGACCAGUGCAUUCUGGGUGUUUGUCCUAUUUUCCCUCUUUGGUGUGUCACUGAGUGUGGAGAUGACAGGGUUAUACGGGAACUUCACCUCCCCUGAAUUUCCCCAGGCGUACCCUGACAACCAGCACAUCGUGUGGAACAUAACCGUUGCACAUGGUCACCGGAUCAAACUCUACUUCACUCACUUCAGCAUGGAGCUCUCCGACAAGUGUGAAUAUGACUACCUCCAGGUUCUGGCAGAAGGAAACGAAACUUUGCGCUUCUGUGGCGAGGAAGAAAAGAAGUCUGAAAGCACCCCCAGAAGCACCAUCAUCAUGUCAGCCAGGAACUUCAUGUCAGUGGUCUUUAGGAGCGACUAUUCUAACGAGGGCCGAUUCACCGGCUUCCAAGCUUUUUACACUUCAGAAGACAUCAAUGAGUGUCUGUCAAAAGUGGAUGGAGAGGGAGUGUGUGACCAUUUUUGCCACAACUACAUCGGGGGCUAUUAUUGCACAUGCAAGCAAGGAUACUUUCUCCAUGACAACAAAAAAUCCUGCACAGUGCCGUGCCAAAAUCAGGUGUUAACGUCGGCAUCUGGAGUUCUGACCAGUCCAGGCUACCCGAACCCGUACCCACCCAUGAGCCAGUGUGACCACACCAUCAGUCUGUCAGAGGGCUCCAGGAUUAUCCUGGACUUCCUGGAACCCUUUGACAUAGAGGGACACCCAGAUGCCCCCUGUCCAUAUGAUAUGUUGAAGAUUUCAACUGCCGGACAAGAAUAUGGACCGUUCUGCGGCUCCACGCCACCAGGGCGCAUUGACACAGGAAGUUACCAAGUGGAUGUUGCGUUCAGAUCUGACUCCAGUGGAAAAAACAAAGGAUGGAAGAUCAAGUACUCAAACACCAAAGAUGAGUCCCUCACUUUAAUUCAAGACUGA